GUUCGUAUUUUUACCUAUCUGAUUGGAAGAGAAGCUGCUUUUGCUGAUAACUUGAAGUGGAUGGCCUGUGCUAACAAAGGGUUUUUUACUCAGAUAUCUACUUUAGCUGAUGUUCAAGAGAAUGUCAUGGAGUAUCUCCAUGUUCUUAGCCGACCAAAGGUUAUUGACCAAGAGCAUGAUGUAGUAUGGACUGAAGCAUAUAUUGACAGCACUCUCCCUCAGGCUCAAAAGCUUGCUGAUGAUCAGGGAUUGGUGUUGAUGACAACUGUUGCCAUGCCAGUAUUUAGUAAGCAAAAUGAGACUAGAUCUAAAGGGAUUCUUCUGGGAGUAGUUGGCACAGACGUUCCAGUUAAAGAGCUUUUAAAAACUAUUCCAAAAUACAAGUUAGGUAUUCAUGGGUAUGCUUUUGCAAUUACAAACAACGGAUAUAUUUUGACUCAUCCAGAACUUAGGCCUUUGUAUGAAGAGGGGAAGAAACGAAGAAAACCCAACUAUAGUAGUGUGGAUCUUUCUGAGGUUGAGUGGGAAGACAGAGAUGAUGUGCUCCGAAAUGCAAUGGUGAAUCGGAAAACAGGGAAAUUCUCCAUGGAAGUAAAGAAGACAGUGGACAAAGGGAAGCGAGUAUUGGUGAUGACAAAUGACUACUAUUAUACAGACAUCAAGGGUACUCCAUUCAGUUUAGGUGUGGCUCUCUCUAGAGGACAUGGAAAAUAUUUCUUCAGAGGGAACGUAACUGUAGAAGAAGGUUUACAUGAUUUAGAACACCCUGAUGUAUCUUUAGCAGAUGAAUGGUCCUAUUGCAACACUGACUUGCAUCCUGAACACCGUCAAAUGACUCAGUUAGAAGCAAUUAAACGCUACCUCACAGGAAAAGAGCCAUUGCUCCAAUGUGAUAAAGAAUUGAUCCAAGAAGUUCUGUUUGAUGCUGUUGUGAGUGCACCAAUUGAAGCUUAUUGGACCAGUCUAGCAUUAAAUAAAUCAGAAAACUCUGACAAGGGAGUGGAGGUUGCCUUCCUUGGAACACGGACUGGACUGUCUCGUAUCAACCUGUUUGUGGGUCCAGAACAGCUUACUAAUCAAGAUUUCCUGACAGCUGAAGAUAAGGAGAACAUUUUUAAUGCUGACCAUUUUCCACUCUGGUACAGAAGAGCUGCUGAGCAAAUACCUGGGAGCUUUGUCUAUUCAAUCCCAUUUAGUACAGAAACUGCAAACAAAAGCAAUGUAGUGACAGCCAGUACUGCUAUUCAACUUCUGGAUGACAGAAAAUCUCCAGUUGUUGCAGGUAAAAUUGUUGUAGUUUAA